UAUGAAUGUUGCGGUGAUCGUAACAAAAUGACAAGAACAUAAUCGUAAAGUUAAAAGUUUAGAGUUUUUUUUUGAUGUAUCCGAAGAAAACCACUUAUAUAGUUCCCUCGUCCAAUUGUUAAUUGUUGCCAGUUCGGUGAUUUUGAAAACAAAUUUGCUGGAUUGUGUACGGUGUUAUUAUACAAAACAAAUUGCGCGAAAGAAAUACUGUGACAAAAUUGUAAAAAGAAUUGAAUCUCCUAAUGAUAUUAAAAGUUUUCGGUUGAAUUGUUUUUAAUUUAAAUAUUAAUUCUUCUUCAUUUACAACAACAACAAAAAAUGUCAAUAUUGUUGCUAACGUUUUAUUUGGCUCAAAUUACAUUCAACUUUGCAUCAUGUCAACCGAGUGAAAAUAUUGAAAUCAAAUCGCUUACUGGUGAGCCCAACUACAAAUCGGUGUAUUUGACAUGGUUCGUCGAAAAUGAUGAAAAUGCCACGGACAUUAUGCACAGAAGUAAUGGCUUUUCCAUUCAUUAUUGCGAGCUUCAAACAUGGGGAUCUCAUCGAUGCAAAACGAAAACGUUAAAGGAUAACAACGAGCACGUCGACAAUGACCAGAGACAAUACUCAACCGUUGUCGACAACUUGCGAAUGGCUACGAAAUACUUGUUCCAUGUAAAGAGCACUAGAUUGGCAGAACAAAAAGCCACAGCAAGAGCUGAUUUUGGUGGCAAUGAAUUGAAUUCGGAUUUGUCAGGGGAAAAGAUUGUUGUGCCGACGAAAGGGUUUUCGGCCCAAGCGACUAAGUGUUUGCCACACGCAUCCGAAAUCGAAAUUCAGACUGGGCCAUUUUUCGGCGGCAUAAUUAUGACCGAAAAUAACGAGAACUGUCGAAUUCAGGGAGAUCAUCGCAGUGACCAAGACCGUUACGUUAUUCGAAUCGACCACGAUAAGUGUGGCAGCAAAGUGGACCACGAAAUGUUACAAGUGCAAACAUUCAUAACCGUUCAGGAAAAUCUGGGAAUUUUCACGCACAGCACGAGGAGAUUUGUAGUUAUGUGUUCGUAUCAACCCGAUACUCUAACGGUACGAACAUCAUUUUCGGUACCGUCUAAGACUGAUCUGCCGCUGCCGAUAGACAACUCUACCGAUCGGGAGUCACGGAAAAGAAGUUUCAGAAUGGUCGGAAAAGAAGCGCUGCUGUUGAAAGCAGAAUCACCUAACGACACUAAAUUGAAUAAUUUGCCAAAUGAACAAAUCGACAGCUUUCCCGAUGGACUGGGUUUCAACGGAGAUGUGUUCGAAGUUCGUAAGCAAAAUGGAGUCCAUGGAAACGAAAAUAUUCAUCCGAUAAACGCAACGUACGAUCGCCUCAUCUACGAGGCUCAAUUACCGCAAAGCGAAAAAUCGGCAGCGAGUCCAGUUCUUAUUGUUUUGUUGACGAUAUCGUUGAUACUGAUAGGAGCAUUUGUUUUCCUGGUCGGACGAAAAUUAUAUAAACGGAGACUAGUCAAAUCUUAACCUCAUCGAUUCAAUUAAAAUAGUAAAAUGCUUGCUUGUCUCACUAAAAAAAAAUUUGCUAAUAAGUUCGUCCAGUUGUGACGAAAUUGAAUGUUGGAUCUCGGAUUGUAGUGUAAUUUAAGAAAAUAUCAACGGUUUCUCCUGUGAUGCAGACUUCCAUAGCAACUAAUUCUACGGCCUGGCCAAUAUACCAUUACUUGACUUUUGACUCUUAAGAAAUUUGCGGUUAAUCAACAGACUACUUACCACAAGCGGACAGUGCAUAAAACAUUGGACACUGUAAACAUGCACAAGAACAAAGUUGUUUAACGGUCAAAAAAAACCUUCUUAUUAUACCAACAUAAAAACCUGAAAUGAUAAUUUUGGACUACUGUUUAAGUGCGUUAGUUUAAACAAUAGAUCAGUCAAAAACACUCAAAAGAGUAAAAGUCCCUGUGCAUACUUCCAAAACAACU